AUAAUCCGAGAUCGGUGACGAUGCAGGGUGUAUCAGCAGUGGAAUUUGAUAGCAAGGGGAUUUACCUGGCCUCAGUCACAAAGUCAGGUUGUUUAACUGUUCAUGAUUUUGAGGAGCUCUAUUGCCAGGUAAGCCUGAAGAAUUUUAUAGUAAAAGAAGAUGAGACAAAGCAAGUUCUGCACAUUUCUGCACAUCAGCCGCUGGAUGUUGUUAGAUGGAACCUUGCAAAUGAAGAUGAGGUUGCCUUGACAUCUAGAAAAAGUGGAGAACUUCAUAUCUAUGAUAUUGGAUAUAUCUCCUCUGAACCUGUUGAAGUAUUGAAAAAGAGGCCUACAAUUGGUGUUCAUGGUUGUGUUGUACAGAAGGGUUUAUCUGAUGUAGCUUUUUCUUCAAAUGAUAAGUCAAGGGUACUUGCUUCUGAUAUGCUUGGCAUGGUUAAUAUUUGGGAUAGAAGAAUGAGUAAUCUUCCGUGUCUUGAUCUGACAACGAAUUCUACCAGUGCAAUUAAUAGUAUCAAGUUUAACAUUGAUAAUCAGGUUAUUUUUGGGGCUAGCAAACAUGGCGUUAUCUAUAUGUGGGAUCUACGUGGAGGAAGCUCAUCAGCUGCUUUCCAAAAUAACAAAAUGGCAUAUUAUUCUCCUAUAACAUCUGUGAAGCUAGCCUCUGAAUUUGAGAAAAUUGGAUCUUUGAAGGCUCAAUCAAAUAUUGUUCCGAAGGAGAUACUUUCAGUUGACCUCAAUCCAUCUUGCCCAUAUCAAUUAGCAUUUCAUCUUGAUGAUGGCUGGUCAGGUGUUUUUGAUGUCCAUAAUUUGCAAGUGACACAUAUUCAUUGCCCU